AAUGAGUUAAUUUUAAAGAAUGAAUCGAAAACUAGAUGAAGGUUGGAAAUUGACUACUAUGGUUUGUGAAUGUAAAGGAACAUUACUCAUAUUUCUUGAAAACAGAAAUUUAUAUUGUCCUAAGUGUGAUAUCAUAACUCAAGAUUAAGUGAUUCUAGAUUAAGAUCAUUAAGAUAUUCAAAAUAAAACUAAUUAAAGUGGAUCUGAAUCAAAACCAGAGAUUAUUCAAAAAAAGAAUAGUAGAGAUUAUGAUUCAGAUGAUUUCUAUUUUGAUGAUUAGGUAGAAGAUAUUAAUUCAAGAUUAUUUAUAAACAAGGCAGCAGCUGAUGAAGCAUCAAAAAAAAUAGGUUAAUUACUUUUAUAGGGAUGGACUAUGUUGAAUGAGUCUUGUAUAGAAUGUUUAUAACCAAUAAUGAAAAGUAAAUAAGGUGUUAAAUUGUGUGUCUAAUGUAAUAGAGAAGAAAAAUAAGAUUAAUCAAAAACAAUAGAACCAAAAUCUUAAGUUUAAUAACAAAAAGAGAUAUCUACAUAACCACCAGUUUAAUAAGUCUAAUUGCAAAAUUUUCAAAUUUAAUAAGAAAAAUAAAUAAAUGAUCUUCAAAAUCAACCAUAAUUAGAAUUGAAAAUUUAAAAUUUUAAGGAAUAAUAGGAAAGAUAUAAAGAGGAAGCUUAAUUAUUAGUUUCAUAAUAGUUGAAAUUAUAUUAUGAAAAAUUGUAAUUAUCAAUUAAUGAUAUCAACUUUUAUAAUUUAACCUUUAUUUCUGAUGAAAUUAAUAGGAUUGAGGAAUAGCUUGGAUAAACUUUAAAUAAAAAUGUAGAUUUAAUGAAUGUAAGAAUCAAAACAUUAAAGAUUUUAACAGAUAAUCAUGAAAAAUUAAUGUAAUAAAAUUCAUUUGAAAGAGCUUCAAAAUUUAUGGGCAUAAUUUUAAUAAUAUAUAAGAUUGUUUAAAAUCAAUGA